GGAGACGGAGCAAGCAAUCCCGUUCUUUAGAAACACGUUAACCGCGAGCAGUAGAAAGACACUUCCCCCCUCUGGCGCGACGGAGCACGGCCAUACGAUACGGAGCAAUAACGGCAACUUCCGAACCUCCAUGACCAGCGCGCCGAACACGCAACUCCAGCGCUCCAGGGCUUGCAUCGUAUUCGCAUCUCAUCGUGCCCGCUCCUGAGCGUAUGUGGAGGUCAAACGGAUGGUUCUAUGAGAAUCCCGACGAGACAAGAGGACACCAAGUUUGGUUGUUAGCUUAACCGGGGGGCGAGAGAAGGAGAAGCGCGCGGGAAGGAAGAGAAGGGAAGAUGGUUUGGAACGGUGCCGCGAGAGGCUGCUUAUUUUGCGUCCUCGCGCUGUGGCUGGGCUGCCCGUCUCCCCCUUGCAAAGCUCGGAUUUACACCAACCAUUGGGCAGUGCGGAUUGAGGGGGGACCCGAUUUCGCCGAAAGCAUAGCAAGCAAAUACGGCUAUAAGAACCUUGGGCAGAUCGGUGACUUGAAGGACUACUACCACUUCUUCCACAGUCGCACGAUAAAGCGCUCAACGCUAAGCAGUCGCGGCCAACACAGCUUCAUGACAAUGGAGCCCAAGGUGAGCUGGGUUCAGCAGCAGGUGGUCAAGAGGAGGGUGAAGAGGGACUACAAGGGGGCGCCGCCCCCAACCACCAACUCCAUGUACUUCAAUGACGCCAAGUGGAACAGCAUGUGGUACAUUCACUGCAACGGGGACCUCCACAACUGCCAGUCUGAUAUGAACGUGGUGGGGGCGUGGAGGAGGGGCUACACGGGGAAGGACGUGGUCGUUACCAUCCUGGACGACGGCAUCGAGAGGAACCACCCCGACCUCAUACAGAACUAUGACAACCAGGCCAGCUAUGAUGUCAAUGGGAACGACAUGGACCCCAUGCCCAGAUACGACGCCAGCAAUGAGAACAAGCACGGAACACGGUGUGCGGGAGAAGUGGCUGCAUCAGCAAACAAUUCACACUGUACUGUGGGGAUCGCCUACAACGCUAGGAUAGGAGGUGUGCGCAUGCUGGACGGUGACGUGACGGACAUGGUGGAGGCCAAGUCCCUGUCUCUGCACCCGCAGCACAUCGACAUCUACAGCGCCUCCUGGGGGCCAGACGACGACGGCAAGACCGUGGACGGCCCCGCCGCGCUCGCCAAGCAGGCCUUCGAGAACGGCAUCCGCCUGGGCAGGAAGGGGCGUGGCUCCAUCUUCGUGUGGGCGUCGGGCAACGGCGGCCGCAGCCGGGACCACUGCUCCUGCGACGGCUACACCAACAGCAUCUACACCAUCAGCAUCAGCAGCACGGCCGAGAGCGGACGCAAGCCUUGGUACCUGGAGGAGUGCGCCUCCACCCUCACCACCACCUACAGCAGCGGAGAGAACUACGACCGCAAGAUCAUCACCACGGACCUGCGACAGCGCUGCACUGACAAUCAUACGGGCACGUCGGCCUCUGCACCCAUGGCUGCAGGCAUCAUCGCGCUGGCCCUGGAGGCAAAUUCCCUUCUCACCUGGCGGGAUGUUCAGCACAUCAUUGUGAAAACGUCUCGUGCCGGACAUCUGAGCGCGCCGGACUGGAAGACCAACGCAGCUGGAUACAACGUCAGCCACCUGUAUGGCUUUGGGCUGAUGGACGCGGAGGCCAUGGUCAAGGAGGCGGAGCGAUGGAAGCAGGUCCCCGCCCAGCACGUCUGUCUGGAGAGCGCUGACCGACAGAUCAGGACUAUUCGUCCGGAGCACGUGGUGCGCUCUGUGUACAAGGCCACGGGCUGUGUGGAGAGCCCCCACCACCACGUCAUCUACCUGGAGCACGUGGUCGUGCGCAUCACCAUCACCCACCCACGCCGAGGAGACCUGUCCAUCAACCUCACCUCACCCUCAGGGACCAAGUCACAGCUGCUGGCCAACAGGCUGUUUGACCACUCGAUGGAGGGCUUUAAGAACUGGGAGUUCAUGACCACCCACUGCUGGGGAGAGAAGGCAGCGGGAGACUGGAUACUGGAGAUCACAGACUCACCCUCUCAGCUGCGCAGCCAGAAGGCACCAGGAAAGCUGAAGGAGUGGUCCCUGGUGCUUUAUGGCACCUCCGUGCACCCGUACUCUGGCCUCUCUACCCGCAGUGAGAAGCCCCGCUCCGUGUCCGCCGUGGACCAGCCCACCGAUGACGAGGAGUACAACGGUCCCUGCGACCCAGAGUGCAAUGAGAACGGCUGUGAAGGCCCCGGCCCCCAGCAGUGCAUCAACUGCCUCCACUACUUCCUCAAGUUCAAGAACAACACCAGGACAUGUGUGUCGGAGUGCCCUCCAGGUUUCUUCCGUGACGACCGGCGGCGGUGUAAGAAGUGCUCGGCCCUGUGCGAGUCGUGCGUGGGUAGCCGUAGCGACCAGUGCAUCACCUGCAGGACGGGCUUCUACCUGAAGGAGGGAGCCAACACCUGCGUACCCACCUGCCCGGACGCUUUCUACCUGGACCUGGGAUCAAACAUGUGCCGGAAAUGUCAAGAAAACUGCAAGAAGUGCACUGCAGAAAACACCUGCACAGAAUGCAAGCCUGGCCUUAGUUUGCAGGAUACGCGUUGCCAGAUGACGUGUGAUCCAGGCACCUACUAUAACGGGCACAGACGGGCCUGCGAGCCGUGCCACUCCGCCUGUGCCACAUGUGCUGGCACAGGUAUGGAGGCGUGUCAUGAGUGUGCGGAGGGCUAUUUCUUCGAGGAGUGGCGGUGUGUCUCCAGUUGCAGCGUGGGAUACUACAUGUCUGAGCAGAAGGCCGACAACGGGGAGAUCACCAAGUCCUGCCGCAAGUGCGACCCCACGUGCUACGCCUGUACCGGGGCGGGGGAGCGCAACUGCAGCACCUGCGUCAACGGAUACAACCUGGAGGAGGGCGUGUGUGUGGUCAGCACGAUCUGCAAAGAUGCAAAUGAAGAGUCGUGGGCGGAGGGCAGCUUCUGUGUUCUGGUGAAAAAGAACAAUCUGUGCCAGCGAAAAGUUCUCCAGCAGCUGUGCUGUAGAACGUGCUCCUUAAAAGGCUGAGGCGGGCGAAGGGGGGCAAUCGGGGAAACGGGCAAAAGGGUUUUUAAACGGGGUGGAAGAGCUAGGGGUGGGUUAAAGACAAGGGGGGGUAAAGGAGGAGGUUUUACACACCUCCCUUAACCCCUUUUCCAUCCCUGACCACACCCACCCCGCCCCAAAAAAAAACCCAAACUCCCACCCACACCCGGGCCUCAGCCAAUCAAAACACGGGACUGCGUCUCCUUGGCGCCGCCAUGACAACAACACACCUACCUUCUGCAGCGGAGCAUCAGCACUGCCUGAAUAAAAGUGAACCACGUGUCAGUAUUUAUGACCAAAGCAUGGAUGCCAAAUCACCUGUCUGCUCUCCUCCCUGACACAGGGGGGUCCACUGUUUGUGUGUAUGGAUGGAUGGAUGUGUGUGUGCGUGUGUGUAUGUGUGUGUGUGUAUGUGCGUGCAUAUGUGUGUGUGUGUGUGUGUGUGUGUGUGUGUGUGUGUGUGUGUGUGUGUGUGUGUGUGUGUGUGUGUGUAUGUGCGUGCGUGCGUGCGUGCGUGUGUUUGUGUGUUGGAAUGAGUGUGUAGAUAUGAUUUUGUGUGUGUUAGUUUGGCUGUGUAUGCGUAUGUGUGUGUGUGACUGUGUGUGUGCUUGAGAGUGUGUAUGUGUGGUUUUUUUGUUUUUAGAUCAUUCAUGAGCCCUCAGCACCAUGUAAAUAAUAAAAGUCAAGAUUAUUUGGUCUCCUA